ACUUAUAAAAAUGCUAUUUAGAAGGUGAACGUGGAGCUGAGUAUUCGCAGAUUUUCCCUUCUGCCUGAAUGAGAUAGAUGGGUCGCAAAGGAAGCGAACGGAGGUAAGCGCGCGCUCGUGUUGCAAGAAGCGCUUUUUUUUUUCCUGGAACGCGCACAGACAGACAGCGCUGCUGGUGAGGCAGCAGACUGAGGAGAGCAGGAGAGAAGGACGCACAACUCAAACGCGCAUCUCUCACUUCCAGCUGGAGCAUGCUGCCAGGAGAUAGCAGCGCUCCAGUCUAGUCAAAGUUUUUGGAUCACAGAAGGACGGAGGGAGCCUCCACAUCCCCCCAAGGGAUCUGGGAAGCAAGCAUGGACGUCGGAGAGGCACCAGCGCUUUGAGCGGAGCGGAGCCAAAGAGACAUCCAGACAUGAUUUGGGUCACGUUUUUACCCUUCUUGAUGCCUUGCGUGGCCGCGAACAGGACGUCGGACCUUGUGCCGUUCUUUCACGGGCAUGUGUUCGAGAACUCGUCUCCCGGCUCGCGGGUCAACGGGCUCAGCGUCCCGCUGAAGCGACUCAACUCGCGCCGGCUUUGCGGCACCGCGCAGCCCUGCUCCGCGGCAGCGCACUAUAAACUUCUGGGAGACGGGAGCGAGGACUUCCGCGUCUUUGCGCACCACAAACGAGGGCAUGUUCUGCUGAAGACGACCCAGACUCUGGACCGAGAGGAGCGGGCUGAGUACGCCCUGAGUCUGGGUCUGUGCUGCGGACAGUGGGCGGAAGGGGAGGACGCGUCCGAACUCGUGGCGUCCAUCAAGGUGGACGUCCUGGACACCAACGACCACCAGCCCGUUUUCCCCAGCGCCAACAUGAAGCUGGAUCUGGACGAUGCCACUGCGCUGCGCGCGGCGAUCUGCUCGCUGAGCGCGCGGGACGGCGACAGCGGCAAGAACGCGGAGCUCAUCUACUUCGCCGAGCCCAAAAACGGAAGUUUCUACGCGGUGCCCAAAACGGGGGAUAUCCUCCUGGUCGACUCCAUCCUCGGUCUGGAAGAGCCCAUCAAGUUUCAAGUGUUUGCGCGGGACCGCGGCUGGCCACCCCGCACGAGUCAAGGUGUCUCCGUGGAAAUAAACCCGCGGCAAUGGCCCGCCGCGCGCUCCGCGACCCCCGGACCACGGCAGCAAGUUGAAGCGCAAGCGCGGAAGUCCCGAUCGGUCACGGAGGAGGAAACGCCGGUUCUAAUCAGCGUGUCCGAGGACGCGGGGAUCGGUUCUGUAGUGGUGAACCUGAACCCGGUGAGGUUCCAGUCGGCCGCCUUCGAGCUGGUGGAGCCGGAGCUGGAGAGUUCCCCGGUCAGCGUGAACCGGGACGGCGGGGAUGUAGUCAUCAUGCGGAGGCUGGACCGGGAGACCGAACCUCUGGUGGAGAUCACCGUCAGGGUGCAGGACAAGAGAGGUUUGGAGUGGUACCUGGUUAGAGUGGAGCUGACUGUGACUGAUGUAAACGACAACAUCCCGGAAUGGAGCAUGGUUCCUGCCCCCUACCUUGCAGUGGUUUCCCCAGAUGCGACUGCAGGAUCACUGGUUUACAAACUCAUUGCUCAGGAUGGAGACGAAGGUCUUAAUGGUGAAGUGGAGUACUUCCUAUCUGAUGGUGGCGACGGUCGAUUUGAAGUGGACAGGAAGAGUGGCCAGAUACGGACGACGGGGCUUCCUCUGCAGCGUGACAGAGAGUACCUGCUCACGGUGGUGGCAGCCGACGGGCUGGGCAGCCGCAGUGCCCCUGCCAUCAUAUCCGUGGUGGCUGGAGCUCGGCCACCGCAGUUUACUAAUUCCUCCUUCGUCAUCGCUAUACCGGAAAACACGCCGGAAGGACAGCCGUUUCUGGUGACACCUGCUGUGUCCUUCCAAAAGAAACCAAUCAGCUACAGCCUCCUCAUCAAUCCCAGCAGUCUGUUCUCCAUCUCGGCAGACACGGGCGAAAUCAGCCUGACCCGCACCAUCGAUUACGAGAGUGACCAACAUCGUUACUUGCUUUUGGUGCGGGCCAGCGAGGGCCAGGACAGCAUGAGCAGUGCAGCGGAGGUGCGAGUUGUCAUUGUUGAUGAGAACGACUGCGUUCCAGAAUUCCUGCAGUCGAUUUACAGCAAGGACGGCGUUCCGGAGAUGGUUACAACGGCAACCUCCCUGUUGCAAGUGUCUGCCAAUGACUGCGACUCCGGACCGAAUGCCGACCUGACCUAUUACACCCUAAGUCCAGAUUUUAUAAUUUCUCCUCACGGGACCAUCUUCCCAGCGGGACCUCUGGACUACGAGAGACCCAAUCACCUGUACGAGUUUGUCGUCAUGGCAAUCGACAAGGGAGACGUCCCUCGGACGGGAACGACGACGGUACGAAUUAGGAUGGCCAACGUGAACGACGAGGCACCCGAGUUUUCCCAACAUAUAUACCGGACGUUUGUGUCAGAAGAUGCGGGGCCCAACACACUUGUUGCCACGGUGCUGGCAAAGGACCCUGAUGGGGAUGGGAUCACGUACAAAAUCACCACAGGAAACGAUGAGGGCAAUUUUGUCAUUGACAGCCAAAAAGGUUUGAUCCGGCUGCGCUCCAGCCCGCCGCCUCGCCUGCAGGGCGUGGAGUAUGUCCUUAACGUCACGGCCACAGACGACAACGCCUCGGGCGGGCCACAGGCGCUGGCCUCCACGGCGCAGGUCAUAGUGGGAGUGGACGACGUGAACAACAACAAGCCCGUCUUUGAACAGUGUCAGCAGUACAGAGAGAGCACAUCGGUUCUGGAGAACCAGCCGGCGGGGUCGUUUGUUCUGCAGGUUCAUGCUGUGGAUGCAGAUGAAGGCUCUAAUGGCAGGGUCACGUAUGGCUUCAUGCACAAAGACUCUACAGUUCCUGCAUUCAGUAUCCACCCUGAUACUGGCGUGAUCGUGACUGCCAGGAAAUUUGAUCGUGAGCGUCAGCGGGAGUAUGCGGUGACAGUGACUGCCACUGACCAGGCAGCCGACCCUCUGAUCGGCAUCUGUCAGCUCAACAUUCUCAUCCUGGACCAGAACGACAACAGCCCAAAGUUUGAGAACCUCCGAUAUGAGUACUUCCUUCGUGAGGAUACGAUGAUCGGAACUAGUUUCCUGCGGGUGGCGGCCCAUGACGAUGACUUUGGCAGCAAUGCAGCCGUCACGUACACCAUGUCUGGUGAGCAGCCGGAGUACCUCAGGGUCAACCCACUGACAGGCUGGGUUUACGUCAACCAGCCCAUCUCCCAGAGGACAUACAUCACCAGGGAGAUUGUAGCAACAGACGGAGGAAACAAGAGCAGCUCGGUGGAACUGGCUGUCACCAUCACCAAUGUGAAGAACCAGCCUCCACAGUGGGAAAAAGACACUUACAGUGUGGUGAUACCGGAAAACACAGUUCGGGACACGCCCGUCGUGACCAUCAAAGCCACAUCCCCUCUUGGAGAUCCGAGGGUAACGUACAACUUGGAGGAUGGAAUGGUCCCAGAGACCAACAUGCCGGUUCGCUUCUACUUGACUCCCAAUCGAGAAGACGGUUCAGCCUCCAUCCUGGUGGCGGAGCCCCUGGACUAUGAGACCAUCAGGAACUUUAUUCUGCGGGUUCGCGCUCAGAAUGUGGCAGCUGUACCAUUAGCUGCCUUCACCACAGUCUAUGUCAAUGUCACGGAUGUUAAUGACAACGUUCCAUUCUUCACUUCCUCCAUCUAUGAGGCCUCAGUCACUGAAGGAGCAGAAUCAGGAACUUUGAUUUUCCAGGUAUCAGCCAAUGAUCUGGACCUGGGCCUUAAUGGCAAGAUUUCCUACUCGUUGCUGGAGGACCGCAGUGGGGACCACAAGUAUUUCCGCAUCGACUCGGAGCUGGGCUUCAUCUACUCUCAGGCUGUGUUUGAUAGAGAGACCAAAAGCUCGUAUCUGCUGGAGGUUCAGUCUGUGGAUGGCUGGGAGUCUUCGCGACCAGGAAAGCAUGGACAACCCAACUCUGACACAGCAUAUGUUCGCGUUUUCAUCAGCGACGUGAACGAUAACAAGCCCCUGUUUGCACAGGCGUCUUAUGAAGUUGAUGUGGAUGAGGACGCUGACGUGGGCUUUGCUAUUCUCACAGUUAGUGCCAAUGAUGGGGACGAAGGUGGGAAUGCGAAGCUGCGUUACCAGAUCACAUCCGGAAACACAGGAGGCGUGUUUGACGUGGAGCCAGAGGUGGGAACCAUCUUCAUCGCUCAGCCUCUGGACUAUGAACAGAACAAAAGAUACAAGCUGCAUGUCCUGGCUUCGGACGGGAAGUGGGAGGACUACACGACGGUGACGGUGAACGUGGUGAACAAGAACGACGAGUCGCCUGUGUUCACAGUGAACGAGUACUACGGCAGCGUGACCGAGGAGCUGGACGGUUCGCCUGUCUUUGUCCUGCAGGUAACAGCGUCUGACCCAGAUAAGGACGCCGACCAGGAGGCCCUGCGGUACUCCCUCCAUGGCCAGGGUGCUGAGAGUGAAUUCAUAAUCGAUGAGGUCACUGGCAAGAUCUACGCCCAGAGGACGCUGGAUCGCGAGGAACGCGCCGUCUGGCGCUUCGUCGUCCUGGCAACAGAUGAGGGCGGCGAAGGCCUGACGGGCUUUACGGACAUUAUCAUCAACGUGUGGGACAUCAACGACAACGCUCCCGUAUUCCCCUGCGCCCUCAGCUGCCACGGAGAUGUAGCAGAGAACUCUGAUAUCGGGACGUCCGUCAUGGAGAUGACUGCCACUGACCUGGACGAUUCGGCGGUGGGACAGAACGCCGUGCUCUCCUACAGGAUCGUGGGCAUCUUAGACGCCACAAACGCCAAACUGGGCGGAGUGCCCACCAUCUCGGAAAUGUUCACCAUCAACCCCACCACGGGAACCAUCACUGUGGCCCUGAGCGGUCUGGACAGGGAGCAGGUGGAGUCCUACCUCCUCCUCAUCGAGGCCAGAGACGGAGGAGGCAUGACGGGAACCGGAACCGCAACCGUCCAGAUUACCGACGUCAACGACCAUGCUCCGAGGUUCAUCGAUCAUUCCUGUCAGGCAAGGAUCUCUGAAAACUCAGAGCCCAACGCACAGGUUCUGGAGCUGGCUGCAGAGGACAGAGACACUGGAGAAAACGCUCAGCUGACCUUCAGCGUUGUGGCCGGAGAUCAAGAGCAGAAGUUCUACAUGGUCAGUCACAAGCAGGAGCAGCGUGGCGUCCUGAGGCUGAAGAAGCGCUUGGACUACGAACGACACAGUGAACAGAAGUUCAACCUCACGCUGAAGGUGGAGGAUCUGGACUUCUCCAGCUUUCUGCACUGCGUGGUCGAGGUGGAGGAUUACAAUGAUCACACUCCUGUCUUCAUUCCACACUUCCUGUCCCUUGCGCCGCUACCAGAGGACGUCAGCGUGGGAACCAGCGUGGCCCGUCUGGUGGCCAGUGACUCGGACUCGGGCCAGAACCGCGAAAUCACCUACAGCCUGUCGAAAGACUCAGACCCUGAGGGCCUGUUCACCAUCGACCAGUCCGGCCUACUCUCGGUGGCCCGGCCGCUGGACCGAGAGAAAACAGCUCAGUAUCACUUGGUUGUCAUAGCAACAGAUCACGGGAUGCCUGCUUUGACAGGGAGCGCCACAGUUCUGCUGCCCCUGUUGGAUGUUAACGAUAACGGACCAGAGUUUGAGGCUGCCUACUCUCCUGUCGUCUUUGAGAAUGUGGCUGGUCCACAGGUAGUGAGGUUGAACCAAACCUCGGCCCUCCUCCGAGCCGUGGACCGGGACUCUCCCGAGAACGGGCCGCCCUUUCACUUCACCGUCCCACCGGAGUAUCGCUACAGCAACGACUUCUACCUCCAGGACAACCUGAACGGCACGUCCACUCUGACGGCCCUCAGGACGUUCGACCGCGAGCGCCAGAAGGAGUUCCUCCUGCCCAUCGUCAUGAGCGACAGUGGUCGCCCGGCCAAAACGGUGACCAGCACCCUGACUGUGACCAUUGGUGACCAGAAUGAUCACGCUCACGUGGCGGGAGAGAAGCAGAUAUCCAUCAACAGCCACAGAGGCCGCAUGCCAACAACAGUUCUUGGAAAGGUCUAUGCUCCUGACCCUGAUGACUGGGACAAUAAGACCUACGUCUUUGAGGGACACAUGCCAAGUUACUUCAUCCUGAACAAGCGUACCGGGUUCCUUAUCAUCAAGGAGAACACCCUACCCGGCACCUACCAGUUCCAGGUCCGUGUGUCUGAUGGAAUUUGGCCCGACGCCGUUUCCACAGUAACCGUAUACGUAAGGGAGCUGCGAGACGAAGCCAUCUUCAACUCUGCGUCCCUUCGCCUCGCAGACAUCACUGCCAAGGAGUUCAUGGAGCUCCGAGGGAAGCAGCGUAGCCGCUACGAGCUGCUGGUGGACUUCCUGUCAGAGAUGCUCUCCGUCCCACCAGGGGAAGUUAACAUCUUCAGCCUCCUGGACGUGAAGGAGCGAAUGCUGGACGUCCGCUUUGCUGUGAGCGCCGGCCCCUCCUUCCUGCAGCCGGAGAAGAUGCACGGCUACCUAGCCGCCCACAAACAAAAGCUCCAGUCCUUCCUGCAGGUCAGCGUGUCCCAGGUCCGGGUGGACGAGUGUCCCGGUACGGAGUGCGCCGGCUCCGGCGGCUGCACCAGCGUGCUGGAGGUGCGGGACGCGCCCACAGUGGUGGACUGCGGCACCAUGAGCCUGGUUUCCGUCAUGGUGGAGUCCAAGGCCGUGUGCUCCUGCCCAGGACGGGAGCAGUCCCAUCAGCCCUGCGCCUCGUAUCCCAGAAACCCCUGCUUCAACGGAGGGCUGUGCGUGGACACGCAGCACGGCUACAGGUGCCAGUGCCCUGCUCAGUUCGAGGGACCUGAAUGCCAGCAGAACAAGCACAGUUUCCAUGGCAAUGGCUAUGCUUGGUUUCCUCCUAUGAUGCCUUGUUUUGAGAGCCAUGUGUCGCUGGAGUUUAUCACAGACGUGGCUGAUGGACUGCUGCUGUACAGCGGCCCACUGGCACAGCUGCAGGCCUGGGACCACGAGGACUUCAUGGCCAUAGAGCUAAUAGACGGGACCCCAACCUUGAAAAUCAACCAUGGCUCUGGCACGCUUGUGCUACAGCUGCCAGGGAACAUCAACGUGGCAGACAGGCGCUGGCAUCGGCUGGACGUCCGUAGCAACAGCAAGGAAGUACGUUUCACCCUGGACCGAUGUUCAGGAGCGGCAGUGAUGGAAAUGGAGGGUCUGGGCAGCUGGUUGACCACUGAGGACCACUCCUCCUGUGAAGUGACGGGUGUUACACCCAACACUGACAGACACCUAAACACAAGUCAAGUUCUCCAGCUCGGAGGUGUGAACGAGGACAUUCCCUACAUCUACCCUCAGCUUCAGCACAAACACUUCACCGGCUGCAUUCGCAACCUCAUUGUGGACAGCAAGCUGUAUGAUCUGGGCUCCCCGGCCGACUGGCAGUCCAGCUCCCCAGGCUGCCUGACCACUGAUAGCAGCUGUGUCAACAUGGGCUUUCCAGCCUGCGGCCAUCGCGGCCGCUGUCAUGGGGAGUGGGGCUCCUUCAGCUGCCAGUGUGUGGCCGGAUACACGGGACAGCAGUGUGAAGAAGUGGCCCCGGAGUAUUCCUUCGACGGCCACAGCCAUCUGCACUACCAGCUGGCGUCCGCGCUCCCGGCCAGAAGAACGUGGAUCCAAGUCCUGGUUCGAACCCGGAAACACAGCAGCAUCAUCGUCAGCCUGGUGUCCAGAGACCAGAGUGAAUACCUGCGACUGGAGGUAUUUCAGGGCCUUCUUUGCACUUUCUACAACCUCGGCGACGGAGACUACAACCUGACCCUACCCAGCUAUCGCCUUGACAACGGUGAGUGGCACGACGUCUCCUUGGACAGACACGACAACGAGAUGACGCUGCGGCUGGAUGGCGGCGGAGGGAAGCGGGAGGUGACGGGAUUGCAGAGCAGAAGCCGGGAAAUCAUCAUCGACCCGACCGCCGUGAUGCUGGGGAACUCCCUCCCCUCGGAAAGCAACAAGAGCUUUCAAGGCUGCAUCAGGGAUCUACGCCUCAACGGCCGUUACAUGCCACUGGACAGCCAGCCACGGGACGGGGUUUCCCAGGUCAGCGUGCAAGGGCUCUCCGUCGGAUGUUCAUCAGACUCCUGCAAAAAGUACCACUGUAAAGCCCCGUUUACCUGCGUGGACUUGUGGAGAGUGCACGAAUGCAGGUGUCCUCCUGGUCACAUGAUCCGUGUGAACGGCACCAAAAAGUCCUGUGUGUACACGCUAUGUGCUACACGGCCUUGUCACCGGGGAACCUGCGUGGCCCAGUCACCCUCUAAAUUCACCUGCCACUGUCCGGAGGGCUACAGGGGGCGCCACUGUGAGACGACAUUGGCUGUUUAUAGGGAGGACGUGGGCCUGAGCUUCAGCUCGCUCUUUGCCAUCUGUAUCUGCUUCAUGGCGUUGCUAGUGCUGCUGCUGGGCAUUUUCCUCUACACCCGCUGGCGGAGCUACAAAGGUCUGAAGGAGGGCGUGUACCACGUGUCGGCGCACCACGACGGCUGGGAGGACAUCCGGGAGAACGUGCUCAACUACGACGAGGAGGGAGGCGGCGAGGAGGACCAGAACGCCUACGACAUGGCGGAGCUGCAGAAGUCCCUUCAGCCAAGCCCCGCCCAGUCGGUCCAGUACUGCCGCUCCAGAGCGCUGCACCACCCGCCGCCUGCCCACCACCUGCACCACCACCUGCUCCACCAGGCUCCGCCUGUCCUGGCCUCCGCCCCGCCGCUGGACCCCCUCAGCCGGACGUCCAGCUCCACCACCCUGCCUCCCUCGGCCGCCUCCACGUCCUCCACGGCCACCACCACCGCCAGCCUCCGGAGGGACGUGCCCCCCGCCCGGCCCCCCGCCCAGGGCCAGGCGCGCCCCUCCCAGCUGGCGCGGCGCUCCCUCUCCUUCUCCAGCCAGGACCUGGCCCGCUACCUGUGUGAGAUCAUCCGUGACGCCGACCAGCACCCGGACACGGGGCCCUUCGACUCCCUGCAGGUGUUCUCCACCGAGGGCGGGGGGUCGCCCGCCGGCUCCCUCAGCUCCUUCAGUUCGGCGGGGCUGGACGGGGGGAGCACAGGGGAAGGGGCUGGGGAGGCUCGGCGGGAGGAGACGCUGGGGGAGUGGGGCCCUCGCUUUGAGAAACUGAGAGCUCUGUACGAGCGAGCCGAGGCCAGCGACCUCUGAGCGACGGGACGCCAUGAUGGGACGCUAAUAACAGAACACCUUAUAAACCUUUCAGACGGUUGGCGGUGAGGGAGCGGAGUGUGAGUGACUGACAGUCUGUCCCAUAAUCCGCUGUCCGGGUUGCUGUGGCCCUGCAGCAGGCGACUGCUUUCUGAGAACAGACUUCACCUCCAGGUGAGAUUAAGGCUUCAGAGCGUCCUGAACACUCGGACGUCACUCUGCAGAGUCCAGACCUUCUGAGGCCGUUUUUAUUUCAAAUCAGCACCAGUGAAAAUGUAUUUUGUAUCUUGUUGCUGCUGAAUGAGAGCCGUGUAAAUAAGGGACAUGUGUUGCACACUGCACUAUAACAUCAUCAGUUUCUCAUACAGAGAUAGAGCCUUGUGUUUUUUUUUGGUUUUGUUUUAAUAUAUACUGUAUUAUGUUCUGCCACUUGGCUCCACACAGUUUCUGAAGUUUCGUUUAAAGUUUUUAUGAGGGGAAAACCUGAAGACGCGUUUCGACGAUGAGACCAGGGCAGUUUUUCCUCUGGAAAUACUUUUCCUGGAUCCUUCCAGCCUUUACUGGCCUGUUUUCUCAUGGCGGCUGAAACUCAACCGGAGUGUUGACCAAUUCCUCAGUCACAGAGAGCAAGAGAGAGUUUCUAAAGCCACAAAGUCAGAUUUUCAGCUUUCUAUCUUUAUAACUUACAUACUGAGAUGUUGACAGGAUGGAUUAUCUACAGGGGAGAGAGUUGCCCAGAAUUAAAAUAACUUCAGUCACAUAAGUGUUGUAGUAGUUGGAUUUUUAAUAAAUAAAUCAUAAAAGAUGUUACUUAAAGUAGCAUUCACCACAAACACACUUACACCAACAGCGUCUCCUGUCUAAAAUUUAAUGAAAAAUUUUGAAUUUGAAUUGAUUUAUUAACAGACAGUUCAUAUUAAUUAACAUGAGUUUAGUAAAACACACUUAUUUUCAUCUGUAGUUUCCAGACUGGUUGAUGGUCAAAAAGAAUACACACACACACACACACACACACACACAAGACAGAUUUAUUUUAAAAAUUACAGGAUUUGUUUAAUAUAUUGAAAUAUGGAGCUCAGGUUGACAGAAAUUUGUAGCUGUUGAUGAGUUUACACUGAAAAAACUGUUGGCUUGACAAAACAAAACUCUCACAGUUAAAAGUUCCUACCAGAACCUUCUGGAUGAACUUCCUGCCCUGCUGAUCAGGUUGGACCUGCUGGCCCCCAUGGAGUGGCCCCUAAGAAAAGGUUCCCGCAGGUAAUACGCCCCCUGGUGCCAAGAGUUGGACUUUUUUUGUUUUUUAUUUUGUAUUUUUUUUGCUCUUAGCUCAGUUGAGUACUUCAGUAUUGGUGAAGUGUUUUGAGCUCCAGCACUCUGUGGGUUGUAAGACAUCAAGCCGUCUCUACUUAGCACCGCGCCCGCGUCGUCAUUUCAUUUCCUAUUCUCAUCCGCUCCGCCGCCGCCACCGCUCAUUGUAGCUCACCCAAGGGGGGCCGGCAGGGGCCGCACGAAAAUUCAAACAGAUCUCUAACAAAGAGUGGACGAGUGGCCCGCGGGCCGGGAUGGGGGGCGGGGGGACACUCAGCCCGCGUCCCUCCACAGGCAUACCAAAUGUGGCAGCUGCUACAGACUGUUUAAACAGGAGGCCGCUCAGCGGAAUACAAACUACGCAGAGCGGCUUCCCAAGGUGACAGCUCCAGAAAUUCAAAUAAAUGGAGGAGCGGAUAGGAGAAGAUUUAAACGGAUUAUUCAUAGCAGGAGCACCUGUGCAUUGAAAUCAUACAGAAAUAUCUGCACCGUCUUUCCCACGUCACCAGGGGAUGACGGAUCUGAGUUUUCCCCGCCGCCUUUUCUUACACUAAACAGUCCUCCUCCUGAUGCUUUUGACCCAGUGAGAAGCAUUAAUCUGGGAAAGAACAAAGAGGAGAAAUAAAGCGUCAGAAAGGAAGCAGGGUGCAGGGAGUGGGAAGGCCCAGCUCCUCUCACCUUUUGAUAAGAGAGAUGAUUACAUGGUGGAGGGUUUGAUCAGAGAGGCAGAGAGCGCUCGGCUCUGUGAUGACAGGAACGAGGUGUGGAUGGAAAUGUAGGCAGGAAGCAACAGUCAGUGACACAGCAAACAGCCUGACCUCUGCUGCGGCCAGCAGGAAGCAGGCCUACUGGGACGACUGGUCACUCUGGUUGGCUUGAAGAGACGUUGUUCAUCCUUGCAGUAAUUGUAGCAAAACGUUAUCAACUUUAUAUCGCAAUUAUAAAGAAAUGCACAAUAAAGCAAAUUCAUACCAACACAACCCAACCGUGCGCACAAUAAAUUUGGAAAUGUUAUGUAAGUUUUAUAAAAUAUGUCUUGUAGAUAUUUGUUAAACCUGUCACCAAGUCGUGACAGUUUAGUAUGAGACAGAGAAUCUGUGAAAAGAUCAGUGUCCUCCACCUCCUCCACCUCCUCCCUGAGUGGCUUCAACAGUCUGCUGCACAACCAAUCAGAGCCAGGAGGAGGGGCUUAGCGCUGUCAAUCAAUUUAGUAAUUUUUCUAAUGUGCUAAUGGCAGAUACACAACUUAUCACAGGAAAAUUGUCAUCAGUGGCUAACUAGCAUUAGCAUUCACACCAGGCUCUGCUGACAGGGAGAAGCAGCAGCGUAGCAGAGAUUGGUGAGUGGUGCGUGUAUGAGCAUGAUUGACAGCGAUAAGUCCCUCCUCCAGGCUCUGAUUGGCUGUUUCUAGAUAUCACUGGGAGAACUGGCAAAAGGCAGAGUAUCUCAUACCAUACCACCACAGUUUCAACAAAUAUGUAAUACAAUAUUUUAAUAAAAGUUACAUACUGCAGCUUUAAUCAAACCCUAAACAGAAUUUUCCAGUAACUUCAUGUGGAGUUAAACACCAUGAUGGAGUGGAAACAACACUACCAAUAGUUUAAAUGUAACACACAUCACAUCAGUGUUGAAUUUACCUGAUGCUAGUGUGUAGUGUCAGAUGUUAGCAGAAUCAAUGUGUUAAUUUAACACUGAAUAAAAUACAUUUAUUCUGUGGAAAGUUUUAAAUGUAGCUCAAAAUAGAAAUCGGAUUUUUUUUUAAAUAGUAAAUUCAUAAUCACAAAAUUCACUUACCAGAUCAAUAGAUGCCACUUGAACUGAAACUGAAAGUUAAAGUUUGAAUCCAGCAGAAUUUCAAAACUAAUAUUAUGUAAAGCAGCACCAGUUUGUGGCUAUGUUAGAACAUAAAAUGUUACAUGAUUUAAAAUAUAUAUAUAUAUUGGAAUUUAUGUUAAAUAGCUAAUAUAAGAUUGUUGUUGACAUUUUUAAAGAAUAUAUCAUUUAUUUCUAUUUUUAGGUGUUAAAAACAUAAAAUAUUUUCACAGAGCGGAUCUAUACACUUCUAUAGAGUAUUAAUAUUACAGAAUAAUUAGGUUUAAAAAAUCAGCCUAGCUUUGACAAGAAAAAAAUUACACCUUUUCAUUCUGUUGUGAAAAUGCAGUGCAAAUAUUCCAUUAAAAUUUGUAAAACUAAUAAAAUCUCCAUUUGUUUUUAUAUCUAUAUUUGAAAACAGUUUGUUCUUUAUAGUUUUUAGCCAAAGGUAUUAAAGAUCAUUGAAGGUUCAAAAUGGCCACUUGCUGAUAUAAAAAGUAUAAAUUUAAUGACACACAGUUCAAUCUCUUGCUAAGUCUAUAACAAAAUAAUAAGCUUGUGUUGUCAACUGGUCAACACAGGGACACAUCUUAAACACCUCGACCCCAAAUCUGACCUGAGAUAAGAGGAGGACAUGGAUGGAUGGAUUACAGCAACUAGUUCUAGGAAUGAAAUGUGAAAUUAAAGAAUUUUAAGAACUUAAACCCCUUCUAGACCAAAAAUGUUUGGUAUAUACGCCACCAGUACCUGUUGAUGUAUAUUCAACACAUGCUGAGUCAUUCUAGAAGCACUUUGGUUCAAUCUGGUAACGUUCUGCCCAACUACGACUGAUUUAGCCAACUUGUAAAAAGAUGUUAUGUUUCUGACUGCAUCCUGUUAGCUUUGCUGGUGAAAAAUCAUCAUAUUCUUAAAAAUGUCAUUUUUAAACAGCACAUUUUUCUGCGUUUAAUUAAAAAAAAAAAAUUCCCUGCUGCACAAAAAUGACAAAAUACAUCCUAACCUCAUGGUUUUAUAGGUUCCU